GAAGGGAAGGGAAGAACCAACGGAAGGGAAGGGAAGAACCAACGGAAGGAGGGCCUGAUCUCCUUCCUUGCCUCCUUCCCUUCUUCUUUCCUUCCUAGCCUGCCUGGUUAAUCGGUGGCGAAAUGCUUCGGAUUUCCCAGACGGACAACUUACAUAGAAGUGAAGUGAAGGAAGUGCACGUCGGACUCGGCAGUGGAGCGCCGUAUGCAAUGCCUUCCUUUUUCCUUUUCCUUUUCCUUUUCCUUUUGCCUUUCCUUUUGCCUUUUUCCUGCUCCUUUUUUCCUAUCAAGCUAGUCGAGGAGUCGGGAUCUCCGGGCGAGAGAGAGAGGGAGAGGGAGGAGAUUCAUCAUCCAUGGCAUGGCCAGACCCAGCAUUCCUUCCAGCGACAGGAGGAGGAGUCAGGGCCAUCGCUCGCUCGCGUGGAAACGUUCCGGAGACAUGGCGCCCUACUGACGGCAAACCGCUUCUAUGAUACUGGUACCUAUGGUGGAAGAAUGAGCACCCAGCAAACGUUGCUAUUUACCUGGUACAUCCCCACCAAAUGGUAAAAGGCCGUGGGGCUUUCCGGAUCCACGAUCACUAGGUAUGAAG